ACGCGCUUGAUGGCCGGAGCAUCACUCUUCGUCUACCUUCAUCAUGUUCACUAAGGCUGUUGUUGCCCUUGCCCUCGUGGCUGUUGCUGCUGCUGCUCCUUCUCUGCCAACCUAUGGAUAUGCUCCUCAGCCUACCUAUGAGGUCCCUGCCAAAUACGACUUCAACUAUGCCGUGAAGGAUGACUACUCCGGCAACGACUUCGGUCAUCAGGAGGCCCGUGAUGGCUAUGACACUCAGGGUUCUUACUACGUCCUCCUUCCCGACGGUCGUCUGCAGAAGGUCGCCUACACUGUCAACGGCGACUCCGGUUACGUGGCCGAGGUCAGCUACGAGGGUGAGGCCCAGUACCCCGAGUACAAGCUUGCUCCUGCCUACAAGCCUGCCCCUGCCUACAAGCCUGCCCCUGCCUACAAGCCUGCUCCUUACCAUCCCGCACCUGCCUACAAGCCUGCCCCUGUAUACGAAUCUGCCCCUACCUAUGAGACCACCCCAGCCUACGCCUAAAUGAACUUCGAUCAAAAUAUGUUUAUAGAUAUUUAUUAAACUGAAAGUCUA